AUGACCGUCACCAACGAUUCGAUCUCCACUGAACAUGGAAAAAAUAUCGACAAUAAUGCGCUUCCUGAAGUUGAUGUUGAGGUGAAUGUCGCAUUUGGCGAUCUUAUCAAGGAUAUUAUCCGUGGAAUGGAACAAACAGGAGUAUGCAUUGUACGAAAUAUGUACUCUGCGGCAACUGUCAACGCGGUUGCUAAAGAACUGGCUCCUUAUAUUUCCAGCUCAGGAGAUUACUAUGGUGACUCGGGUGGCACCGCGUUUGUGUCGGCGCUUCUCACAAAAUCAGAAACAUUUGCUACAAAAAUACUUGCGCACAAAAUUUUCCAUGAAAUCAAUGACCAUUUUCUUACUACAAGAUUUGGACACUGCCCAGUCAGCACGGGGGUGAAGGUCGCUUAUAACUGCGAGCCCCAGAUUGACUGCACCCUGGGCUUCUAUAUCCCACCUGGUGGAAAGGCACAACUGUUACACCGAGAUGAUGCAGAUCAUUUGAACUUUCAGCCAUCUGCGGAUAAAUAUGAGCUAGGAAGAGAUACCGGGCUAGUCAUGAUGACAGCACUUACGAAGACCACUCGUGAGAAUGGGGCGACCCGUGUUUUGCCAGGCAGUCAUCUCUGGGACUAUGCUCUUCCCUUUCCCGAACAGUAUGACAAUCGCAUGGUUGAUGCCGAACUCAAUCCCGGAGAUUCCUUCUUCACGCUGACCAGUGUGAUCCAUGGUGGUGGUAACAACACAACAUCCGAGGGACGUUUCGUCACAUCCUGUUUUGUCACCAGAGCCCAUUGCAGACAACUAGAGAACCAAUUUUUGAGUUAUGAUGUUGAGAAGGUUCGGCAGCUUCCUGUCUGGCUCCAACGGUUUAUGGGAUAUACAACUGCCAAGCCCUUCUGUGGCUGGGUUGAUAAGAAAGAUCCACUUCGAGUGAUCAAUCCGGAUGCUGAAAACUUUCGUGACGGAUGGCCAGAGUCAGAAGACUAG